GGAAUAUCAAAACAUUAUUGUAACAAGAUCAACAAUCAUCAAUGUUUACCACAGUAAGGUCCUAAAGUACGUGCUAUCCAUUUCACUAGGGUCGGGUUCUGAAGGUAAGGACACCAUUUGAAUAGCAUUGAGCUAUAUUACACACAAGACAAACAAUAUGGUGUCUGGUUGUCAAGGAAGCCGCGGCCUAUACAGUCCCACAAGCUACAUAUUGUAUGUUAUAGUGUUUUCAGCACUGGCGCUGACGACUUGGUGCCAACCAAACAAAAUGACUCUGGAGAUCCCAGCCCGAAAAGGCUCCUGUGGUAUCGAUACCAAAGACGAGAACCUGACAGUCCGGGUCCAUGUCAGGGUGAAGAACGUUGAGGACGUCCUGCUGUCCAUGUUUUUCUUUGAGACAGCCAAUCAGCAGAAUCAAUUUGAGCAGGCGUGCACAGUUCCUUUCUACAACUGCGGCUUCGAGAUCGGAGGCAACUGUUCCUGCUACAGAGACCGCACCGCCAGCGACAGUUUCGUGGUCCUGUACAUGCACCGUGUGUACUACAACCAGCGGGCCAGUAGGAUCCGUGUGCGGUGGCUGUCGCCGAAUGAGAAGGACCUGGCGAAACAGCUUCGGGGGACGCUCAUGCACUCGUAUAACAUAUACGACCAGCCUGAAACCAAAGGCUCCGUGUUCUUCAACAACAAAAAGCUGGACUUGGACAACAACGGCUGUCUGAUCGGCAACGUCGGGCAGGGCACCAACAUGGUGACUGUCUGCUGUCCACCCACGAAGGAGUCCUGUCGGCUGCAGCUUCACUACGGAGAUAUCGUCGCCAAUAGCAACGACGCCUGCCUCAGGCAGGGGAACCUGUCGGUCGCCGGCAUGUCGAGCAUGAUCUUCUCUGUCGGUUUUACUUUGUGUACGGUGUACACGCGAGUGUACAACUGUUCGUUUUUAGCUGAAGUGCAUUACGAAUCUGUCUUCACUAGGAGGAAUAACGUUAUGAUCAUCACCGCCAUGAUGAGUCUAACUGGAAUGUUCCUCGGUGUCUUAAUCUGGAGACACUGUAGUCAAUUUAUCAAGGAUAAGAUUAUCGCUUCAUACGGUGGUGGACACAAAAGGGACGACUCGAUUUUGAGCGUAUUUUGAUAUCGUUCACGUGAGCUGGGUCCUACGUAGGCCCUACCCGAGCUGGUAUAGAAUUGGAAUAUGAAGGUUUUCUCAAAUGUCAAUGCGCUUUGUGGCUUAUGUUUUGGGGAAUCAGUUCGGAAACAGCGCGUCGGUUACUUCCAGAGGUUCUCAACACGGGACCACGAGUGUUGGUUUUACAUUCAGGAACACACAAGCAGUGUUUCUUUCAGACU